AUGUCUCAAUUCAGUCUGAGUCCUACUACACUGUUCGGCUGGCUUUUUUUGAGAUUUCUCGUUACUUUAACUAUCCAAGAUAAAAUUUUCAUUGAGCAAACAAUUGGCUGCAAUUUAAAUAUUACAAAUAUGAUGCAACAGGGAUGGUAUACAGUUUACUUAAACGAAACUCAACUUUUAACUGCGAAAAAAAUAAAACAAAUACAAAUUUACGAGAUUCCCUCUUUCAAGUCAGAAACCAGAGAGUCACUUGAAUAUGGAGACUACAUGAUCGAAGUUUCACCUGAUUGGAGAAUGUUCCAAACUAAUCAAUCUGAAAUAUACCCAUUUUAUCGGAACCAUUAUAUCAUCAGUAACAUUUCGAGCCAUGAAAUACAAAAUGAUAAAAGAAUCUUAAAUUACAUCAAAAAUCCUAGAAAAAUAUUAAAUAAUCGUUAUACGGGAGGUCUUUUACAAGACGGAGUAAUUACAAUGACCGCCCAAAACGAUCAAAUAAUUUCCCAUAGAACUCUCUUACAACACAAUAUUGACGGAAAAGGAAGAAUUAUUACGGCUUUAGAUACAGGUGUUGAUCUUACUCAUUGUUUCUUUAGAGACCCACAACAGAGUGCAACAAGUGUUGUAGAUAAAUUUAAUAUGGAUCACAGAAAAAUUGUGAAAUUAGAAAAAGUUUCUGACAUUUACGAUGCAGCACAAGGCCAUGGAACACAUGUUAUGGGUACUAUUGCUGGAGAGUCUAUCGAUCCAAAGGCUGGAAUUGCAGCUUACAAUGGAAUUGCUCCAAAAGCUAAAUUAUACGUAGUUGAUAUGGGAAAUAGCGACAGCAGAGUCGAUCUUUCAGGUAAUCCAGAUAUAGAUAAAAUUACUUCUAACAUGGAAAAUAUUAAAUCAAGAGUUCAAUCAAAUUCAUGGACUUUUGAUAACUCUGCUCUUGAUGCAACAGAUACGUAUGAUACCAUUACAUUUAAUAGUCAAGAAAUUCUUCCUGUUUUUGCAAAUGGAAACACUCCAGGAAGAAAUCAUAUUUUAGCUCCUGCAAAUUGCAAGAACUUACUCUCAGUUGCAUGGAUCGCUAAACUUGAGGAGUCUUCUGACUUUAAAGAUGGCGGUUAUACAAUUUAUCUUACAAAUGGAGACACAAAAUUAUCAAUUGUCCAAGGAAAUAACCUUGUUCAUGAAGAUGCUCCUUAUGUUAAUAUUCCAUUACAGUUUUGCAAUGGAGAUGCUGCAUCAUGUUCCUCAGAAUCCGGAAAAUUAUUGAUUUGCAACAAAAAACUUUCAAGUAGCUCAUCGGUUUCUUAUUCAUACGUAGUUCUUAGUAGUAAUGAUUAUACUACAGCUAGUGCUUGGGGUUCUGGCUCCAUUCUUUUGGAUCCAAACGAAAAAACAACUCGCUUCUUCCAAGCAGAUCAUUCAUCACAAGGAGCCUCCACAAUCGGUACUCUUAAACCAGAUUUGAUUGCUCCUGGUUCAAAUAUUUGGUCUUCUGCCGCUUCAGGAACACAAAAUUUAAAUUAUAUUGGAGAAUGUGCAGUUUCCAAGUUAUUUUCAAACUCAGGAUCAUCAAUGGCCACACCAGCAAUAUCUGGUGCACUAGCUCUUAUAGAACAAUACUUUGCAGAAGGAUAUUAUCCAUUAUUGAAUCCAGAUUCGAUUACUAAGUUCAACUACAUAUCACAGUCACUUCUCAGAGCAACUCUAAUCAAUAGUUGCAAGCCUAUUGAUAGCAAACCCGUUCCAAAUUACAUUGAAGGGUUUGGAAUGCCUUCUAUUGCAGAAGGAUUGGGAUUUGGAUCAUCAGGAGUACGAUUUAUAUCUAACAGCAAGAUAAAUAAUGGCGAACACCUCACAUAUAUCAUAAAAACAACAAAAGUUCAUGAUUUAUCCAUCACUUUGUGUUAUGUUGAUUAUCCUGGCGGCACAAAAGCAGGAUAUAUCUUAUGCGCAGACUUGGACUUAAUAGUAAAAGAUCCUAAUGGAAAAAUUUACCACGGAAAUGGAGUUCCUGGGGAAUUUACAUCAACGAUAGAAAAAGUGACAAUUUCAGAUGCAACGAUAGGAACCUAUGAGAUAAGUGUCAUUUUCAACAAAGAUGAAACACAUGAACAUGACAUGACAUAUGUCAAUUUUUCUGUUGCAAUUAUGGGCGGAUUCGAUCAAGAUGACACAAAUUCGAAUAAUCCGUCAGUUCCUUUAGCUUCUGAGCGCAGUUGCGUGAGAAGCUGUGGCGAUGGUGAAUGUCAAGGCGAUGGCACCUGCAAAUGUCCUCCAGAGAAAACAGGCGCCUAUUGCCAGCUCGAAUACGAAGAGAUAAAAUUCAAUAAAAAAUUUUCGAAGGUUUUGAAUCCAAGGGAGAAAUUCUAUUUCAGAUUCGAGAACGCUCAUUUCGGAAGCGUUGAUAUUAGUGAGUACCCAUCAUUAUCCAUGCCUCAAACAUCUUGCGCUGUUAGAGUUUGCUUCGGAGACUCCGGAUCAACAGCAUUCGCAAGUUCAAUGGGAUGCAUAACAAAACCACCAACAGGAAACAACGCAACUGCAGCACAGAACGGUCUUAAGAUGGUUUAUGGCUUCAUGUAUCCAAUUUUUGACACAAGUUGCUCAAUUGAUGCAACAUUGACGACUUAUGGCAAAAUUAAGAGAUCAGAUGACACAUUCCCAUUCUAUGCUGUUGUUUUGAUCGUUUUGGCCGUAAUUAUCUUGGUAAUUUUAUCAGUUUGGUAUUUCUGGAAAUGUGUCCUCCCAAGAUGGGAAAAGAAGCAUAAUGAAGAAUCUCCAAGCAUGGAUGCGGCUCAAAAUGACGAUGAACCAAAGAAAUCUCAUCGUAGAUCCAGCACAAAGAGGAGAGGUUCGAAAUCUAAAGAGGAAGAGGAUCAAGUUGAUCAACAACCAAGUCCUGAAGCUGCUUCUGAAGUUUAA